AGAAUUUACGAGUCUUGUUUGGCCUUUGAGGGAAGAAGACGAGGGGGAGGGUGCUGGGUGAAGGAGAAUGCAGCAGUCACAUUUUUUAAGCAUGCAGAAGAAGCGGGCCGUUUCCGGUUCCUAGGCUGCUGUGUGUGCGUAAGCGCGUCCCUGUGUGUGCCCCCCAUCCGAGGCCAGCAGCCGUAUGGGGAAAGCAUCGGCACACACAGAUGGCAUGGACACUUCCACAAGGUCUGCCGCUCUGCCCUGCCUCCUCCGCCGGAGCCCGUUCGCCGCCGCCGCCGCCUCUCUCUUGCAGCUCCCUCCGCCGCCCAGCAGCACUGCAGCACAGCCCAGGCUGACGGUAUGAGGCUUGAUCCAGUGCAUUUCUCCAUGCUGGUCAUCGGGGUCUCGUUCGCCUGCUACGCCCCGAGUCUCAACUCCCUCCAGGACCAGGCGUACCGAUCAGCCGUGGUCAUCGAGGGCGAGGUGCGCUCCUCCCCGGAGAACGUCUCCUCCCGGGAGCCGUACCGUGUGAAUGUCAAAGUGCUGGACGUGUGGCCCGUCAACAGCGGCGGCCUCGAAAGGGAGCAGCUCGUCACCGUCGGGGACUUCGGGUCCGAGGCCUCAUGCACCACGGUGGAGAAGGACCACAGAUAUAUCUUUUUCAUGGACCCCACCGGGGAGCCCGACGUGUUCAAGGCGUCCUACGCCCCCGUGGACGCCAGCGAGCCGGAGCCGAAGAAGGACGUGGAGAAAGUGUUGUGCGAGGACUGCGCCUCUGCUCCUCGGCUGCGAUUGAUGCGAGGCCAGUCUCUGGUGGAAGGAGACAAGCUGUCCUUGAAGUGUGAGGCGUCAGGGAAUCUGAGCCCCUCCUUCCGCUGGUACAAGGAUGGACAUGAGCUUCAAGGGGGAAAAGACCUCAGAAUAAAAACCAACAAAAAAAACUCCAAGGUGCUGAUCAGUCGAGUGCGUGUGGAAGACUCUGGAAACUACACUUGUGUGGCUGAAAACUCAGUCGGACAGGAAAACGUCACAAGUAUUAUCAGCGUGCAGAUCUUAACCACCACCACGUUGUCUCUGGGUGUGAGUCAUGUGAGGCACUGCAACGACACGGAAAAGGCCUACUGCAUCAACGGUGGAGACUGUUACUUCAUACAUGGUAUAAACCAGCUUUCUUGCAAGUGUCCCAAUGACUAUACGGGGGACCACUGUGAAAACUCCGUCAUGGCCGGUUUCUACAAGCUUCUCAGAAUUGAAUUUAUGGAGGCAGAGGAGCUCUACCAAAGGCGGGUGCUGACGAUCACGGGCAUCUGCGUGGCCUUGUUGGUGGUUGGCAUCGUUUGUGUGGUGGCCUACUGCAAAACCAAGAAGCACAGGAAGAAGAUGCAACAUCACCUACAUCAGAACCAGAAUCAGUGUGUGGAGCAGCCCAACCGCAUGCUGGCCAACGGCCCCAACCACCCUGGGCCUGGUCCCGAAGAAAUUCCCAUGGUUGAUUACAUCUCCAAGAGUGUCCCUACCACAGAGUGUGUCAUCAGCCAUGGAGCUGAAGGUGCCGGCAACUACGCAGGCAGCCGAAUGUCUACUCGCUCGCAUCACUCUACCACUGCCUCGCAUGCAUCAAGACAUGAGGAGCAGACGUGGAGCAUGGAGAGAACAGACAGUAUGAAUUCUGACUGCCAGUCAGGUGGGCUGUCCAGCUCUGUUGGAACCAGUAAAUGCAGCAGUCCAGCUUGUAUGGCAAGGAGGGCGGCCCACUGGGGCUGUAUGGAGGUAUCCAGUCCAGGAAUGCAGUACGGGGAUUCCUACGACUCUUUAAGAGAUUCACCUCACAGUGACAGGUAUGUGUCAGCACUGACCACACCAGCGCGCUUGUCUCCGGUGGAGUUCCACUACCCUCCGCUGCCACCCCAGGUUCCCACCUUCCACAUCACCUCACCCAACACAUGCCAUGCCCUCUCAUUGCCGCCUGCCGCCGCAGCCUACCACAGAGAUGACGACCAGCCGCUGCUACGAUGCCCUGAUGAUCGGAGCUUGUACAGGCAGCCUCGGCGACCGCGGCGGCCAUACCUGACAGAGAGCACAGGAAGUCUCCCAUCCAGCCCCUACCGCCUUGCUGACGAAGAGGCCUACGAGACCACCCAGGAGUACGCCUCCUCAAGGGAACCCAUCCGGAGUCGACGCCGCCCGCGGCGCAACCGCCUCAACGGACACGUCUCUCAGAGGUCAGCGGGCCUACGGGACUAUAGGUCAAACAGUUUUAGCCAAUCGGAGGAGGAAGAGGAAGACGAGGAGGAAGAGGACGCUCAAGGGGAGAGCACGCCUUUCCUCAGUAUGCAGAACAUGAACAUGGACCUGCCCUUAAGCGUGCCGGGUUACCAUUCAUCGUCAGGGGCUGACACGCGGACUCAUCGCGGACUCAGUCGGCCGGGGACUCGAAGCAACGGGCAGAGUCGAAACUCUCAGUCGCAGCGUUUCAAGUCCGACCACAUGCCCCUUUGAGACUGGCCUCCCCUGUGCCCCAUCACAUCCACCCAUGCAGCCGCCCCACCCCACACACACACACACACACCAUACACACACAUACACACACACACACUACUCCACCUCGCACACGCCUCUUCCUUCUUCUGGACUAGAGACCUGAACCAAGGAGAAAUAUUUUUAUUUUGUAUAACAGACAGAUAUUCUAAACAAAUGAAAUAUUUAUUUUCAUUUCAGCAAAAAUUGUCUACUAGCUAACAGCAAAGACUUUUUUAUAACGGGGGUGGGGAAAUAUUUAUAUGUAAAGGUUUUUUGAUUUACAGCAGUACGAGAGAUGAAAAAAUAUGUGCCAAUUUUUUCACAAGUUAGAUAAAUAGAAUAAUAUUGUGGUGCCUUUUGCUGUAUGCUGAAGUCGGAGGUCCCAUUGAGUUUUGUAGCCUUUCUUAUAAAGACUUCUCAUUUUUAUAGAGACCAAUCCUUUUCCUUACUUUUGCUGUUUUUUUUCUGAUUUGGGAUCCUCCUCUCUUUUUGAACUGUGAUCUGAUUAUGUCAUCAUGCAAUAUUGAGUCCUUCUGUGUAAAAGGUGUCUGUUUACAUGGUUUUGAUCCACGCAAAACGCUCGUCUCACAGGGACAUUCAGUCACUGACGCAAUCGCUGGGUAGUUUUGGAUGAACGUGCACCAUUCAUCUUCUUUGUUAGUUGCCUUUUUUUUUUUUUUUUUUUUUUUUUGUGGAAUAACGAAUGGGAGCGUGGCAUCAGAUUCUCAUGUACGUGAUCAGGGUGCUGCCAUAUCACAGGGGUUGGUUUUGAGUGUGUGAAAGCGCCGAGAGUCCGUGUGUGUGUGUGUGUGUGUGUGUGUGUGUGUAGUGUGUGCAUCUCAUCAAGCCGUGUAUGUUGCGCUGCCAGAAGCUCCAUUGCACUGACCCUCCCCUCGUGAGCAGUCAUUGCCCAUCGAUACCCACCAGUUGAAAUCCAGCCUGACUCUGGCCUCUUGUGGACUGCCAAGCCCACACAUUUCCUAUGCCAGCAGCUUAGAGCCGCACUGUGUCUCAGGACUUCCCCAUCACAUCACAGCCAAAAGACUGGAGCAGAAAGCGCUUGUCAUCUCAGCCACCGACCGCUAAGUUCGCUGGCCAGAAUCCCAUCGCCAUCGCUCUCCUUGACCUUAGUCUGAAGCGUAACAUGUCAGGGUUGUGCUUUCUGUAGACGAUUUGAAGGGAGAUUCAGUUUUUGUAUUUCCAAAAAGGUUGGAAAGUUGGCAUGCAUGAUGCAAAUGACAUAUUUUCCACUUCUGUUGCAGGGGAGUAGCAAAGAUUGCUGGGCACCCCCCCCCCCCCCCUGCUCACUCUGGGUUCCUCAUUUCUCUUUGUGAUAGUGUAACGGAUGCCAGCUGCUGUGCGGCAGUAAACCUCACUUCCCGUCACCUUGAAAGCCGUGCUGGACUAUGAGUUGACAGCCAGUGGCUUUUAGCUCAUUGACUAGCACUGCUCGAAUAAUUCUCAAUCGGUGGGGAUUUGUUGACUCUGCGGUUGGAGCCCAAUGUUUUCGUGUUGCUGCACGACAGACGGCACGAUGUGUAAACCUCACUUCCAGACACCUUAAAGGGGACCUAUGAUGAUUAAAAUCUACAUUCAAGGCACUUCACUGUGGUUUAGAUCAGGGGUUCUUAAUUUUUUUUUACCUCUGGGCAAACAUUUCCACUACAAAGGAGCUCGGGCCCACUCAAAUAUUAACACCAAAUUAGUAAUCUUACUCUUUGUAUUUUUUAAUUACAUCUAACCGAUUUACAGUUUACAACCUUGUCAAAUGAUAUGAAGCCUUAUGUUAAUCACAAAGAUUAUUAUUUAUUUAACACAUACACUUUUGAUUUAGGUCAGGCUGAUUUGAAAACAAGUACUAACCCAAUAUACUACACAAGAAGGGAAUCAUAAAUAACAUACAUUUAUGUUCAGCUAAAAUAAAUUACCUAAUUAAUGAUGAAUAUGUUUCUUAACUAAACUGUCAAUAAAAUAAAAAUUAAAGUUUCAUUACUUAAAUCAUAUUUUUGCACUUAAGACACUUCUCGAUGACUUUAGCUCCAGACUUCUGUUUGUUUGAGAUUGUCAUUACUGCCACACAUGUUGGAAAAGUAUAUUACAAAUGAGUACUCCAGCGGCCCAUUUGGACCGCAGCUGGGAAACAUAUAUUUUUUGGCGGCCCUCUAGGGGGCGCUUGCAGUUAAGAAACACUGGUCUAGAUAAUAUGAAUUGGAUAGGUUUUGGUGUCAUUUUUUUGUAAAUUUUGCUCCCCUGUCACAUUUAUAACCCGUUUUUUUGCAAGAUGUCUGUAAAAUGUUCCCAGAUUGGGACUGAACACCUCGCCUUCUCCAAAAUGAUGGUUAAAAUGUGCACUGUUCUUUUCUUUUCAGUCACAGAUAACAAUGAAAUGUCUUAAACUUUAAAUAGAUUUACUGGUCACAUCAUUAGCUGCACCUGCAGGCUCUCACACGCUGCUUAAAACAAUCAGAUUUUAAUUGUCACAUGGUGUUCAUGUGUGCAUGCCAAAAUUAGAUGAAAAUACUACUUCAUCCUACUUAAUCUUGUGUUUCCUCAAACCACGUAUUAAUGUCGCCGUCUUUUCCCGUCUGAGUUUAGUGGCUAAUUCAAUUCCGAAGAGGCCCAAAUGUCAUGGAUAAAUACACUUGAUAAACUAAAUGUAUUAUUAAUUAGUAUUUUAUAGACAUAGAGCAGACGGGAUGGCAUGAUAUGAGAAUGAAUACACGGAAUGCAGCAGGUGUGAGAAUGACCACAUAAGUACGUGCGUCAAUCUGUGAUGUCACAAAUGGCCCACUGUUAAAAAAACAAAACACAGCGUUCAGUCUUCCAAAACUGCAUGCAAGUUGACGCCCAAAUGCAUGAACCUUAUGCAUUGGCACGUGUAUCUAACAUUGUGAUAACAUUUAUAAGUCAAAACAAGACUUCAUUCAUCAUAGGUCCACUUUAAGUGUUGACAGGCUUUUAGCUCAUUGACUAGCACUGGUUGAUUAGUUUUCAAUAGGCGGGGAUUGUUGGACCUUGUGGAGCCCAGCAUGUGCAGAACUGGACUGUGCAGGAUCACCACUGUUACACAGUUAACAUAUUGGAAUGUUUGUGAAGCUCUUAAGUGUCGUCAUCUUCCAUCGCUCUUAGGGAAAGAACAUCCUUUGCAUUAAGGAAUCUCUGGAUUUACUUUGAAGCACUUGUGUAACACAAAUUACUGCAUCUUUGUUACGUAUUUCUAUACUUUUAUCGGUAAACUUCUGUUGCUUGGUCACAUUGACUGGAUGCUCUGUAUGUCUCUUGUCCUACCCCUCCCAUCACCUUGUCCCCACACCUCCAUGUCUUUCUUUACCCCAUAGAGAACUUCAGAAGCAUUGAUGAAUUUAAGGCCACGUCUUCAGAUGACGAUAUAUUAGUGAACAGCAGAGUAAUAGUAGAGAGAUCAUGUCAGAAUAUAAUAUACAGUGCAUUGGCUCUAGAUUCAAUAAUCUUCAUUUGAUAUUGUUUCCACACAGACGAUGCAUGGCUGACAGACAAAAACUUAUUAAAAAAGAGGAAGCCCCUUCAAUUCGGGGGAAUCGUAUUAGAAUUAUUUAAAAUUGCAUUAUUUGGCUUCACGACUCUGACGUCUGCCUAGUUUUGUCUUCUUCUCACUGUAAUCAAUCUGGGAAUUGCAACGUGGAAAUACUGCAAGUGAGGGUAGUGUGCUUCUAGAGCUAGUUGAAUUGUUAACACUCCCGCCCUCUUUCUCCCCUACCUGUACCCCCAGUUCCCCCUUGACGUACACACACACACAUUAUACACAACUAUACACAUACAUAGACACACACAAAGCCACACGUCAUGUAUGCCAACUGCUUUUUUUUCUAACCAACUCCCUUUCUCUUCCGUCCUGCUUCCAUCCCAGACCCUCUCCCCCUGCAUGUCCUAGUGGUACUGGUAGUUGGGUGCAUGGAUUAAAGCAGUCAGCAAACUGUUUAUUUUCUUUCCACUUGGUGAAAAAACUUAAAUGUGUAUUCAUUUUAACAUUCAGCAAUAAAUCCCCCUUAUCUUCA